AUGUCCUGCCGAUUACCCAUGGUUUCAGCUGUCCGCACGGUCGGCCUUCUUCGCCGGGGGGAGGAGUCUCUACUUCUACCCUCUCAGAGGCGACGCUGGUUAUCGGCCAGCGCCAUUCGCGAGGACGUUCUCUCCAUAACAAAUCUGGAGGAUCGAACACGCCCGGCUUUCGCGAGGACUGCGAGUUCGAAAUUGUCCACGUUGACUUGGAGUGCUCCGCCACGCAAUGUUCUCAUCGUGAAGAAGAGGCACGUACCCAUCGUUCGGAGUGCUCUGGUGUCGCUGGCAAGGCAUCUGAAAGCGAAUUACCCAUCCACAAACCUUAUUCUGGAGCCAUCCACAGCCCACUCUUUGCAUCACGAAUUUCAUUUCCCCGUCUACACGCUCCCCCCUUCAGAAAAAUUGGGCCCGCGUGGGGAACGACUCUACCAUGACAAGACCGACCUCCUGAUAACCCUCGGCGGUGACGGUACAAUCCUCCACGCCGCAUCCUUGUUCUCGGCCUGUCGUAUGGUCCCGCCGGUAUUGAGUUUUGCUAUGGGCACGCUAGGAUUCCUGGGGGAAUGGAAGUGGGAGGAGCACGCCGAGGCAGUUGGUGAGGCGUUUGCCGGCGGCGCGAGGGUGCUCCGGCGGGAAAGGCUGAAGGUUGGCGUUUACGACUGCGAUGGCAAGAGGGUUACCGGGGAGUGGGAGUUUGAGAGCAUUGGUGAUGCCCAUGCAAUGAAUGAGGUCAACAUCCAUCGAGGAAAGUCUCCGCAUUUGGCGGUUGUGGAGGUGUUUGUUAGUGGGCGCUUUCUCACUGAGGCUGUGGCCGACGGCAUGAUCAUCGCCACACCAACUGGUUCAACGGCGUACUCUCUCUCCUCCGGCGGUUCCAUCAUUCAUCCCUCCGUAUCCUCCUUACUUCUCACACCCAUCUGCCCCCGCUCUCUAUCCUUCCGUCCACUAGUCCUGCCCGCAGAUUGUGUCCUCACACUCAAGCUCUCGGCCAAGAACCGUGCGGGAAAUGUAGAAGUCAGCGUUGACGGUCGCCGGUGGGGCGGGAUCGGGCGUGGUGAAGAGGUUAGAGUCUGGGCGGAGAAGAUUGAUGGUGAAAAGGGUGGUAUCCCAUGCUUGAAGGGGAGGCUUGGGGGGAGGGAGGAUGACGGCUGGGUCGGCGGUUUGAACGGGCUGUUGAAGUUUAAUUAUCCGUUCGGUGAGGAGGAGUAGUGGGGUCGUGUAUUCCAGAGAAUCGGGCGCUACUGAUUCACCAUCACCCUCGGCAUGAUGGGGUAUUAUUGCGGCAUGUCGUGUGCGAAUGAAGAUUCUUCACCCGCAUAAGGUAUGAGCGCACGAGUGAGGGAUUGUGAGCAUUGGGGGGUACCCGGGCACGGUACUAGUAUUUGGACUCGGGUAGAUUUGAUAUAGGUGUGUCUAAAAUGAUGUUGUUAACGCCUCG